ACUAAGAGUCGCGUUGAAGAGGUCAGACUUGGACAUCUGCUGCACUUGGAACACAGCAAUGUAGUCCGAUUACGAGAGGUCUUUGAAAGUAAUGCCUAUAUCUUACUGGUCUCUGAAUAUGUCGAAGGAAAACCACUGUUUGAGUACUUUGCCUGCCUGAAUGAGAUGACCGAGGUGCUGAUGUCAUCGGCGGUAAAACAGAUUAACAGAGGCCUUAUGUAUUUGCAUGGCUUUGGGAUUGCUCACCGAGAUCUUAAACCAAACAACAUUUUGGCAACCAAGUUCGGUGAAAGUAUUAUCGUGAAAAUUACUGAUGCAGCCUUCUCAACAAUUAUCGGCAUGGAUAUGGAAAUGGAAUUGGUCAACGGUGACGUCACAUUCACUGCUCCGGAAAUUUUUCUCACCCACAAGCAUGGAGCACCGGUAGAUAUGUGGGCUCUCGGAGUGCUACUCUUUAUCAUGGUCUCAGGCAUGGAACCAUUCAAGCGAGAGAACGAGAUGGACUCAUUUCGAGCUAUUCUUAAGGGUGAGCUCAACUUCGAUGGAGCGGAAUGGGAGGGAAUCAGUAUGCAUUGUAAGGAUCUUAUUCGUCGGCUUCUUGCCGUGGAACCGGUUGUUCGUCUCACUGCUAUCCAGACGACGAAUCACAAGUGGAUCUCUGGCGAUGAAACGCCUAAACACAUUCUGCCCGAGAUUCCCUACCGAUUGGAGAGCUUUAACCAGCGUUGCAAGGAACGGGCAGAAUACUGGAGGUCAGUGAGAUCCCUGUUGCCAGAGGAUCACUUGGAACGACCUUUGGUCAAAGAUAAUUCUUGCAUAGCUCUACAAAAUCGCGAGAGUGAACGCAAUGCGACGCUCAACAAACUGCUCUACUGA